AUACCUGGCUUACCGCAACUUCAUGAUUGACACUUAUCGCUUAAACCCUCAAGAGUACUUGACCAGCACUGCCUGCAGAAGGAAUCUGACCGGAGAUGUGUGCGCUGUCAUGAGAGUACAUGCUUUUCUGGAGCAGUGGGGUCUCAUAAACUACCAAGUGGAUCCAGAAAGCCGUCCCAUGGCGAUGGGACCUCCCCCUACUCCUCACUUCAAUGUGCUGGCUGAUACACCCUCUGGACUUAUGCCUCUCCAUAUCCGCACUCCGCAGGUUCCAGCUGCUCAGCAGAUGUUGAGUUUUCCUGAGAAAAACAAAGAGAAGCCUACUGAUCUGCAGAACUUCGGACUUCGCACAGACAUUUACUCAAAAAAGACUUUAGCAAAGAGUAAAGGUGCAAGUGCUGGAAGAGAAUGGACAGAACAAGAGACAUUGCUGCUAUUAGAGGCUCUGGAGAUGUACAAAGAUGACUGGAACAAAGUCUCAGAGCAUGUUGGGAGCCGUACCCAAGAUGAGUGCAUUCUCCAUUUCCUGAGACUUCCGAUCGAAGACCCCUAUUUGGAGAACUCUGAUGCGUCUCUGGGCCCGCUGGCUUACCAGCCCGUACCCUUCAGCCAAUCUGGCAAUCCAGUGAUGAGUACCGUUGCUUUUCUGGCAUCGGUGGUGGAUCCCCGGGUGGCAUCAGCCGCAGCAAAGGCUGCGUUAGAGGAGUUUUCUCGAGUCAGAGAGGAGGUGCCACUGGAGCUUGUUGAAGCUCAUGUAAAGAAAGUACAGGAAGCAGCAAGAGCCUCUGGGAAGGUGGAUCCAACAUACGGACUAGAGAGCAGCUGCAUUGCCGGAACAGGUCCAGAUGAGCCGGAGAAAAUCGAUGGAGCUGAAGAAGAAAAAAUGGAAACCGAGACAGAUGGGCAACAGUCGGAGAAGGUUGAAAGUAAAGUGGAGAGUGAAAUUGAGGAAGGCGAUAAAGUACAAGAAGGAGAAAAUGAGAGACAUCCAGAAAAAGAGCAAGAUAGCGAAGUGACUGCAGACACCAAGCCAGAAGAAAAGGAGGCAGAAGAGAACAAGGAGAAUGUUGAUGCAAGCAAAGACAAAGAAAACGAGGCUGGGAAGAAGAAAGUGGAACAUGAAAUCUCGGAAGGAAACGUAGCCACAGCUGCAGCUGCUGCCCUUGCCUCAGCUGCCACCAAAGCAAAGCACCUGGCAGCAGUGGAAGAAAGAAAGAUCAAGUCCCUGGUUGCCCUUCUGGUGGAAACACAGAUGAAGAAGCUGGAGAUAAAACUUCGCCAUUUUGAGGAGUUGGAAACCAUUAUGGACAGAGAGAAAGAGGCAUUAGAGCAGCAGAGACAACAGUUGCUGACAGAACGCCAGAAUUUUCACAUGGAACAGCUGAAAUAUGCUGAAUUAAGGGCUCGUCAGCAAAUGGAGCAGCAGCACAGUCAAAACCCACAGCAGUCUCACCAGCACUCCAGUGGGCCUGGGAUGAACCCCCUCGGGGCACCAGCACAUCCAGGCUUACUGCCUCAUCAGCAGCCCCCGCCGUACCCUAUGAUGCACCACCAAAUGCCACCACCUCACCCACCACAGCCAGGUCAGAUGCCGGGGCCUGGUUCGAUGAUACCUGGACAGCCCAUGCCAGGCCGGAUGAUGCCAAGUGUGUCAGCCAACAUCCAUCCAGCCGGUGGUGGUCCCCCCCCACCUGGCAUGUCACCGAUGUCAGGAAGUCUAAUUGGACCUCGUGUUCCUCUAGCAGCUCCAAAUGGCAUGUAUCCCCCUCCUGCACAGCCACCUCCGCCAGCGGAAGGGGUGACCCCACCUCCGACAGGAGCCCCGCCGGCCUCAGCCGCUCCGUAA